CCAGGAAUGCUGAGCCUGUUCCCCAGGAGCCCGCAGCCCGCACUGGAGUCUCGCGGGCCAUGGGCCACUCCCCACCACUCCUGCCCGUGUCUGCGUCUGUGUCUCUGCUGGGGGGCCUGACGUUUGGGUAUAAUCUGGCAGUCAUAUCGGGGGCCCUCCUGCCCCUGCAGCUUGACUUCGGGCUGAGCUGCCUGCAGCAGGAGCUCCUGGUGGGCAGCCUGCUCUGGGGGGCUCUGGCCGCCUCCCUGGGAGGGGGCUUCCUCAUCGACCGCUACGGCCGGAAGCAGGCCGUCCUCGGGAGCAACCUGGUGCUGCUGGCCGGCAGCCUGAGCACGGGCCUGGCCGGCUCCCUGGCCUGGCUGAUGCUCGGCCGCACGGUGGCCGGCUUCGCCAUCUCCCUCUCCUCCAUGGCCUGCUGCAUCUACCUGUCGGAGCUCGUGGGAGCCCGGCAGCGGGGGGUGCUGGUGUCGCUCUACGAGGCCGGCGUCACCGCGGGCAUCCUGCUGUCCUAUGCUCUCAACUACGCGCUGGCCGGGGCCUUGGGGGGGUGGAGGCACAUGCUGGGCUGGGCCGCCGCGCCCGCCCUCUUGCAGUCGCUGGGCCUCCUCUUGCUGCCGGCUGGGCCAGGGGACGCCGCCGCCCACAAGGACCUCAUCCCUCUCCAGGGCGGAGAGGCCGCCGGGCUGGGGCAGCGUCAGCCCGGCUACUCCUUUCUGGACCUCUUCCGGGCGCGGGAGAACAUGCGAGGCCGGACCACCGUGGGGCUGGGGCUGGUGCUGUUCCAGCAGCUCACGGGGCAGCCCAACGUGCUGUCCUAUGCCUCGACCAUCUUCCACGCGGUCGGCUUCCACGGCGGGUCCUCAGCAGUGCUGGCCUCCGUGGGGCUCGGUGCCGUGAAGGUCGCGGCUACUCUGGCCGCCCUGGGGCUGGUGGAGCGAGCGGGCCGCCGGGCCUUGCUGCUGACCGGCUGUGCCCUCAUGGCCCUGUCGGUCAGCGGCAUAGGCCUUGUCAGCUUUGCGCUGCCCCUGGACGCGGGCCCAAGCUGCCUGGCCAUGCCCAACGCCACCAGACCGUCAGGCCUCCCUGGAGGCUCCGACCCGGGCAGGGGCCUCUGGGCAUCUCUGCCACCAGCCGCCCCUGAGAAGCAAGGGGAGCCGGGCACAUCGGCCACGGAGAAAAGCCAGCCUCGCCCUGGGGCCUGGGACCCCACUCCGUCUCCCCCGGCAGCCCUGGACACCGCCUCCCCGGCACCCCCUCCUCCAGCCUCCGUGCACGCCCUGCUGCCCUGGACGGCACUGGUGUGCAUGAUGGUCUUCGUGAGCGCUUUCUCCUUUGGAUUCGGACCAGUGACCUGGCUGGUCCUCAGUGAGAUCUACCCCGCGCAGAUCCGAGGGAGGGCCUUCGCCUUCUGCAACAGCUUCAACUGGGCCGCCAACCUCUUCGUCAGCCUCUCCUUCCUCAACCUCCUGGGCUCCAUUGGCUUGUCCUGGACCUUCCUGCUCUAUGGGUUCACCGCCGUCCUCGGCCUUGGCUUCAUCUAUUGGUUCGUCCCGGAAACAAAGGGCCUGUCGUUGGCAGAGAUAGACAAGCAGUUCCAGAAGAGACGGCGUGGCCUGGGCCCGGCCGGCGUCCAGUACCACCGCAUCGAGGCCUCGGCGGGCCCCUGAGGAGUCGUCUGAGGGAGACGAUGGAGCCGGUCCCCGGCGGGAGCCUCCAGCCUCCUGCGCCCAGGGAGCACAGCAGCCCGCAGGGGGGAGUGCUGGCGUGAGAGGGGUGGGGUCUGACUCCUGAAGAUGUCACCUGCCGUGUGCUGAGGGUUCUGAGGAGCUGCCUCCCGCCUCAGUUUCCCCUCUGACUGCGCCUCUCCUUACAACCAGGGCGUCUGGGAGGCCCGGCUGGCGGUGUCCUCGGGGCACACAGCCCCGGGGCUGGGGGCGGUGACCCCGGUUCCGCAGCUCUCAGCGCUGCCAGUGACACAGAGAUCCUGCUGCUGCC